AUGCAAAGUUGGCAUACCUGUCAGGAGAUUGUGAUACAACGCCGCGUCGAUGGUUCAGAGAAUUUCUAUCGUCCCUGGUUGGAUUAUAAGCGUGGUUUUGGCAAUCGGAGUAGAGAAUUUUUCAUUGGUUUGGACACCAUAAAUUACUUAACCAACAAUCGUCCUAAUCAGUUGUUGGUCGUAAUGGAAGAUUGGCAGGGUGAUCGACGUUAUGCUCACUAUGAUUCAAUUAUUGUGGGAAACGAAGCGGAGAAUUAUAGAUUGAAACAAUUGGGUAAAUAUAGCGGAUCGGCGGGAGAUUCAUUAACCUAUUCAUUGGGGUACAAUUUCACCACCCACGAUCGUGACAAUGACAUAGCUGUAGAAAAUUGUGCUGUUCGCUAUACGGGUGCCUGGUGGUACAGAGAUUGUCAUCAAGCCAAUCCCAAUGGUCUCUAUGGAAAUUUAGAAUUUGGCAAAGGCAUUAACUGGUUAACAUUUAGGGGCUGGAAUUACUCUUUGAAAUCGAUUGAACUUAUUUUGAGAUUCAAUUGUGGUUGCUGA